UUUGUCGGCGCAGGGCUCUGUAGAGGAACGAAAAAACAUCUACUAUUGUAUAAAUAAAAUAAUCUAACUUUUUGUGUGUUUUAUAAUAGCUCCACCAAUUAUCGCUUUUAAUAUUAAAACUGUAACUUUAAGGAUGUUCCAAAGAUAUUUAACAAUAUUUACUGAUAUUCAAGUUUAGUUAUAUAAAUACUUUAAAUAAAUUACACAGCAAUUACUAAGAGUUCACAAAGAAAACAUAUUCCAUAAAGGGGCGCCAAAAAGUAAGACGUAGAAGAAGAAAUAUUUUAUUUACAUUUUUAUUAUCAGGAAAAGCUUUUGAAAUGUAUGCGAAAUAUGAAGAGAACCCUGAACAAAAUCGCAUUUUGCGACAACUGAAAGAUAUGUUUCCCUCAAUGCCACAUUGGCGAUUGCGAGAGGUUUGCAAAGCAAACAACUGGAACUGUAAUAAAUUCUUGUAUUGAUCAGUUGAUGAGCAUGGCGGUCAGUAAUGCAACGUGUGAUUUUGAAGAAACAACAAUGAGGCGACAACAUCAGCAACGUUCUAAAGUAGUAAGAAAAGAUGUUGGAAAAUGUAAUUCUAACAAAGACGAAGAACGUAUUGCAUCCUUGAUUAAGAAGGGAUAUCGUGUAAUGGUGCUAAUGCGAGGUCCGCCUGGUGUGGGAAAAACUCAUUUGGCCCGAUCUCUUGUCAUUAAUUCAGUAGAUCUUGAGAAUAGUGGUUAUGAUGUCGGCGAUUUUAUUUGUAGUUCAGAUGAUUAUUUUUAUAACGCUAAAGGUGUUUACAAAUUCAAUUCUGCUUUUCUACCCGAAGCACAUGAAUUUAAUCAACAGAGAGUAAGGGAUAAAACCAAAUCCGGACUAAGUCCUAUUAUUGUCGACAACACAAACGUGCAGCUGUGGGAAAUGCUGCCAUACGUUAAGUUUGGAGUACAAAAUAAUUACUUAAUUGAGAUACUAGAACCUAAAACUUCAUGGCGGCAUUCUACUAGCAUAUUGGCGCAAAAAAAUCUCCACGGAGUGCCCAAAAAUAGCAUACAACAAAUGAUGGAGAAAUAUGAGAAAGGCAGUGUUUCAUCAUUAACAAGGAUGUUAAAAAAUACAAAAUAUACCAAGACUCUUCCUCAGAUGCGUUCACUUCCGCCUCUUAAUACAACACCUAUAAACUGCCAACUUGUGCAAACAUCUAAUGAUGAUAAUACCAAAGAAACGCCUGUAGAAAAGGAUCAGCCUCAAGUAUGGGAUGUAGUAACUACUGCUGAACCUAAAGAGCAACGUACAAAAUUUAAAUCUAACAGAUCACCGUCAAAAUCAUUCGAACAGCAACAAUCUGAUAUAUCAACAACAACGCGUGAUGUUUAUAGCCUUUUGGAACAAAAGACGACAAAUGUUUGGAAACCUUAUGAAUCAGAAUCUGCCGAUUUUUGGGGAAUAAAGCCACAACAACAGUUGAAUGUCCCCCUCAAAAGCACGUCUGGCGAAAUGUCCCUAUUAGAUUUACUAAGAGAAGAUAGCGGCGAUGCAAAAAAUGAUUUGAACACAAAGCCAAAUAAUGAUAAAAAUGUUUUAAAUGGCUUCCAACGUCACAGCGUUAAUUGUCCAAAUGAAAAUCCUGUCUUUGUAUCGUUGCGUCAAAUUUAUCCGAACAAAAGAUUGUCUGGAUUAUGGGACUUGUUUGUUAAGUGUAAUGGCGAUGUAGAUUGGGCAGUUGAUAUUUUACUUAAAGAGGAUGAAUUGGAAAGGAUUCGAGGUGAUGAUGACAGUCGGUAUCAAACUGAUGAUGACGAGUUAUUCGAAUGUUUGUGCAAUAAUAUAGAUACAGAAAGUAGAUCAAGUUUACUUGAAGACAGCACUAAAACUAAUAUUGAUAAUAACCCAAAUUCCGAUGAUAACGCUAAGAGUUCGUUAAAUGCGUCUGACGCUAAGCCUCAACGUCAGCGAUCACGUUUUUCUCGAUUUAACCAGCGUACAAAUCCAGCUCUUCUGGAAGUAAAAGAAAACAUUGAAAAUUGCUUCGUUCUAGGAGAUGAUCAAUAUUCACAACAUCUACUAAAGAUACGAAAUCUUCGCAGUGGUGUAAAUGACAUAACUGUUUCCUCAAAUGCAACAACUGAAAGCAAUGAUAACAUUGGCAAUCAAGCGGAGAACACAUCUAUCAAGGAUGAAGAUGCCGAUGAUAAUAUCGAAAAUGACGAUGAUGAAGAAGACAAUGAAACUGAUGAGUUCAAUGAGGAUAUGUUGGAAAUGUCAUUAGGGGAACAACUAAUUCAGCAACUAGCAGAAACUUUCAGAAAUGAAUCGUCCCUAGAAGAGCAAAUAUCCUCUACUCUACCGCCAAAUUUAAAGGUUUUUAUGCCACGGUCAUUAGCAAAACAGUUGUACAUGUUAUGGGUGGAAUCAGUAUAUAACCACAUGGAGGAGGAACGUCAAAAGUUGGUACGGGAAGAUGAAGAUUUUGCCAGACUCUUGAAGAAUCCCAAGUAUUCGGAGUUCAAGCAAUCUCCUAGUAAUCUACGUGAGAUAUUGGACAUGGAAUAUGCGUGGAAAAUAUACAAUCAAGAUAAAGAAGAGCAACAGCAACACGACAUUGAAAUGGAAAAAAUGCAUGUACCAAAUGACUUAGCAUCGCGUUUAACACAAAUGAAGUUGUGCGAAGCAUUUCCUGACAUUCCUCGCGAGACUUUACUUGAUAUGCUAGCGACGAAUGGUAAUGAUUACAAUGCCACGGUAACUGUUCUUCGUAGCACUAUGCAAACAGAUGAUGCCUCUACCACACAAGAACAACUCAUGGAAUGUGCACGACGCGAGCAAGAUCUGGUCAACCAACAAGUUCAAAAUCAAAUGGAUCAACGCCAAGAGAGAAUUUCUAAUAAUUGGGAUGAUAGUGAGCAGAAAUCAUCUUUAUCACCGGAUGAAGCUAAACGUUUGGCUCUACGUGAAUUCGAAGAAAGUCGAAAUCUGGCUGCUCAUCACUGUCAACUGAAAGCUGAAUGUUAUCAAAAGGCUAAGGAGGCUAUACAGAGCGGAAACAGCGGUGCAGCCAUAUAUUAUUCCCAAAUUGCUAAUUUACACAAAAAGAAAAUCGAUAUGUACAAUCAUCGAGCGGCCAAUUGCAUCAUGGACGUUCAUAAGUACACCCAAAACAAUCCAGAUCUGUUGGAUCUCCACUAUUUACACUUAAUAGAAGCCUUGGGAUGUUUAGAUCUAUUUUUAGACCGUCAUAUCACGGGACUGCGUGUAGCAUCACGAAACUAUAAACAUGUGUUUAUUAUAACGGGUCGUGGUAAACACAGUGCUGGCGGUGUAUCUACCAUUAAGAAUAAAGUUAAAGCUAGAUUAAAAGAACGUUGUCUCAGAUGGAGUGAAGUCAAUCCUGGUCUUUUGAAAGUGAAAAUAUUUUCGGGUUCGCGUCAUUCCAAGAAUAUUUGAUUAAACCAGGUAUAUGCUUCUGUAAUUUAGCUACACCAGCAUAUACCUGAACGCUAUUUUUAUAAAUAAUGCCUUUGGAUUUUAAUUUUUUCCUUUUAUACAUAUUAUUGUGUAUUUAUAGGGUGCUCUAAAGCGUUUAGAUUUCCAUUAGCAAAGAUUUACUAUUUUUAAUGUACUAUA